GUAUUGUCUAUGCUACUUGCGAGGUCGUGCAUUGGUGCAUUUUUAGUUUAUAAAAACUUCACAAAUUCAAUCAAUCGAAGGAGUAAAGGAGGCAUCAUCUCAUCACGAAAUAAUAUUGGCUCCAAGAAGUAAUUGUUGAUUUCGAGGCAUUUAGCAAAACAAAGUUUUCAAUAGAACUACUGUUGUCGACGCGUAUCGCAAUAACGAGUGAAAAAUGCCGGCAAGCAAUGUUGGGUCAUACUUGCAGGACGCCAGAAAUAAUUUCGACGCCGUGCGACCCGCCCUAGUUUGUGCUGAUGCCAAUCAAUCAAUAGGCCAAUGUCAGAAUGUGCAUAUAUCCACAAAUUGCUAUUAUGGGUACCACGACUUAAAAACACCAGAAAACAACCACGUUGACACAGAUUGCGAAAUGGUUGCUGUAGAACUCCCUGAUGGAACGCUCUCCAAAACGUCCUCGAGGAAGCGCAGCGCUGACGAAGACGAAUAUCCGCAAAGAAAACGACUUCGAGAAGAAGUACAAAGAGAGAAAAGCAUUGAACCUGAGACAAGCGAGACCAUGAAAUUGGAUACAAGUACAGAAGACUUGGAAUCUUUGUAUUGGAACAUUCACGGAGGAAAUAUUUUUCAUUUGAUACAGUGUCUGUGACUCAAACACGUGUGAUAUAAGAUUUAAGUGAUUGGGACAUUAAGCAUUACCUAACAAUUUUGUACAACUAAGUUAAUAUGUAUGUUUCUAGUGUAAGAUUUGUCUAAUAAAAAUUAAUAGGCAAAGGGAGGGUGUUUCUUUUAAUUUAAAAGAAUAUAUUUGUUUAAGAAUAUUUAUUAAUAUAUUAUUAUAUAUAUUACACAAAGUAUUUAUGUAAAGCAUAUGAGUAAUUCAAUAAUAAAAAUGGGAUACAAUAAUAACACAAUAAUACUAAAGUCAUCAGGGGAACAUCAUACUUCAGUUCAAUCUGGAAAAAAGAAAACACUCAAUUAUUUCAAUUUACUUUGUUUUUCUGUUCCAGAUGCAGUUACAGAAGCUUUAAUAAAUUUGUUUUUCUUUCAGUAUAUACUCAAACUAUAUAGAAGCCAAAUAUGGCUGAGUUUGGGUUUUAUGCCACCUUUACAUUGUAUUAACUUCACCUUUUUGUUUUUCAGAUGAUUCUUCCAUGUGCAGCCUUGUUGGCACACGAUCAAGUCCAAGCCACUCAGCUUCCGCCUUUAAUGUAAACAUACCAACAAUUUACAGUUUGUCUUUAACAUAUAGAUUGUUAUUACGAGUGCAGGUGUCAUAUAACUAACAGAAUUAAGUUAUAACCAAACCCACUGUGAUAUUAAUUGUAUUUGUACCUGAUAUUGUAAUAAAUAAUUUAGAUGUUAUAA